CUUCUGGGUAAGAAAUUUAUGCUUUUGGUGCUGAAAAACCACCAUUUUUUAGUAUGGCGAUGGUGGAUAUUGCAGUGCGGCAUGUUCAAGUGGUGGAUUUCUGUUGAAAACCGCUGGACGGCUUGGUCAUGCCACACAGAUUGGUGGUGCAAUUUGGGCUGAACAGAGGCAACAAAACAGUGUAGCAGUAGCACUUUCUGGAUGUGGUGAAUAUAUUGCGCAAACGUUACUUGCAAAAACCAUUGCUGACAGUUUACUUAAACAAACAAAGACAGGCGUCGUACACUUGCCGGUGGCCUGGUUUUAUUUGUUGAUGAGGGUUACAUUGAAAAUGUUAUUUUUAGAAAACCGCUCGGGCGAACUUAUUUCCUUUCACAACACGGAGGAAUUAGCAUAUGCAUUUGGCCGGAGUGGAGCAGUGAAGAAGUAUCGUUCUCGUUCGAAAUCUGGCGCAUUCAUUGCUCAUGCAUUCCCCUUAAGCGAUUAUAUUUUUUGUUCAUGA